AUGGAAGAGUUUUUAAAAGACAGUCCAUCAGACUUUGGUUCUAACACAACAGGUACUGGAACCGGGAAUACAAGUGCCAACUAUGGUAGUGAACCUAAUAAUAGAAAUAACUAUGGAAUGGGUUAUUACGGAACUAAUUAUGGGCAACCUAACGGAUACCCAGGGAUGACGGAGAACGAUCUUAAUAAUACAAACAAUAACUAUACCAACGAGAUGGGAACUUAUACAUCCUCGUUACAAAAUGAUCCAUUUUUGGAGGAUUUGGAGUCGCUUAACUUUUCCAAUAAACAACCACAAUAUAUCGACCCUACACAAUCAACUACUGGUAAUUUAGAAGAAAUUAUAUCCCCAAGUGCCCAAGUACAGAAUAUUUCUUUGAAUAAUAAUGGGAUGAACCCAGAUAACUCGUUUGUCAACCCACUAUAUUUCUCCCCUUCUAAUAGAAAUGCUAAUUAUAAUACUUUGAAUUCGAUUGCCGAAGAUAGCUUGUCAAGCUCAUUCAACAACGCAUUUAGCCCUUCUGCCUCGAGAAAUGAUAGUGUAAGUAUUCCGUUUCAAAACCCGAAUACUAUCGAAGACUACAAUGGCGGGGUUGAUAUAAAUGCUGGCUCAUAUUUAUCACCACAAUUCAAUUCGCAAUACAUGUCGCCAAGCAAUAACAUCGACAACUCAAUCGAUACAUUAAAAUCUCCUUCGUUUAAUUCAGGGUCGUAUCUCAACUCACCACCUAAAUACCAAAAUACAAGGCGUGAUAAUUCUGGCGCCAUAAGUAACAGUAUUCCAAGUAAUAUAUCCAAGAAUAAGAUUGUAUCGCCACCGCCAUUGGACAACAAUUUGGGCACCUCGUUACCAGGUGCUAUGCACAACCAACCACCGGUUUCCACUAAGCAACUCAGCAAGGAAGAAAAGUUAAAAAGAAGAAGAGAGUUCCAUAAUGCUGUUGAAAGAAGAAGACGGGAUUUAAUUAAGGAACGUAUAAAAGAUUUGGGCUUCUUGGUGCCACCGUCAUUGUUGAACCCGCAAUUAUGCGCCGUCCAAAACUUACAAAGAAACUCACAGUUGAACUCUCGUGAGAUUAAUGAUUUGCUUGCUUCGAUAAAAGUUAAAGAAACAAAACCAAACAAGAGUACCAUUCUUAAUAAGUCUGUCGACUAUAUAAUUCACUUGAAAUAUGUGCUAGAACAACAAGAUAAGAGCCAGCUUGAGUUGGCACAGCAAAUCGAGGAGAUUGAAGCAAGACUAAGUAACGGCAAACCCCAGGGUAAUAUAGAUAUGUCAAACAUGACAAACCAAUCUCAGCCAUCGUCAGACAUCAAACUUGAAAGUCAAGAUGAGUUAUUUAAUCCUGAUGAUUUUUUCCUGGAUGUUGCCGGCAACAGUUCUAACCAGACCAACCAAUUCUUUAGCGAUAGUAUACGAUAA